AUGGGACCUGUUUCUCAUCUUUACGAGCACGUGACACUCCACAGUCACGAGACGGUGGCCGAACUGCGGGAGUUGUUGGAGCGUUUCCUGAAGCGACGGGAUCCAAGCAACUGCGUGUCUACAGUUCAAGGAACAGCCAGCCAUUCGCCGCCUCUCUCCAGCACGACGACAGACGACGAAAUUGACUCGCUCGCUGUUUUUCUGGUCUCGUAUCUGGCUGGUGCCACGAGUCCCCUUCUACGUCGCAUCUUCCUCCUCUCGUGCCUGCCUCCUUUGCUUCAGACGCGAGCGCCAGUGACGCCUUUGGGCGCUGCGACGCCCGAGACGCCUCCCCACAAAGCGCCUGCUAAAUUGCAUGCUGCUCAGCCGGACUCCGUUUCAAAGCUACUAGGGCCAGGACAUGGCGGCGCAAGUGAGGAAAGGAACAUUUCACCCUCUGCGGCUGACAGACAGUUGUGCCUCCGGCUGAACUAUUUGCCCAAGUCCUAUACUCUCAGUACCGCCCUCAGGCGGCUCGGGAACACCUACUUGGCAGCUGAAAACCCUCUUGCGGCCAUCGCAGUUUACACCGCGUCCCUUCGCUUUCUUUUCUCAGAGAAGACACAGGGCCGACCGCCUCCAGCGGCUGAACUCCUCCGUGAGCGGGCUAUCGUUGUCUCGAACCGCAGCGCUGCCUACCUCCGUCUUGGCCAUGCGCGCGCCGCGCUUCGAGACGCGACUGCGGGCGUGCAGCUCGACCCCUCCUACGCGAAAGCGUGGUUCAGGCGGGCGUCUGCAUGCGCAGCGCUCGCGAAGGCUCUGAGUAUCUACGCGGCGCAGCUUCCCGCAGCGGUAGCAGAUGAUCUUCGGAUCGCUCAGUCCCGGUAUGAGGCUUCGGAACCGCGUUUCUGCGAGAAGAGGAGGUCGGCGCGAGUUGCACUGCGUCGCGCUAUCGAGACACUUCGUACGGAGGAAGCGUGUGCGUCUCGUAUCUCUGCCGAGUCAGGAAAAAGGGAAUCGACGAACCUGAGAGACGCCGCGGCCACAUCCGCAACCGAUCUCCUCGAGCGUGCGGACUUCCGGCUCGGAAGCUGUCCAUGCAGGCUUUCCCGGCAGAGAGGAAUGGUCCAUCGAGGGGCUGCAAGCGAUGGAGUCGAGCCGGCUAGGAUGCGUUGCCGCGGCGGCAGCGAGGCCGCGUCGAGCCUUCCGCCAGGAAGUAGAGGAUAUCCGCACUUCCCAUCAAACGCAGGGACUUGUGGAGCCGCUGCCAAGACGUCUACUGAACUCGAGCGCCCAACAAGCACGGCGCUUGUCAACCCAUACUGCGAUUACUUACACUCUUGCAUGCGGGUCACGAAGGAGGCCACGGAGGGACGCGGAGUCCUUUUGCUCCACGGGCCUGAGCAUGUAGAGAAUGCAGUCGCCGCCGGCGCAAAGAACUCGAGCAAGUCGCCCGAUCUCACCCGCUCCGACGCUCCGUUCUCAGGAGCGGAUCGGCGUCUCCUCCUGCGGGAGUAUCCCGUUGCCUCCUACUGUCUGCCCUCGGCGAACUCACCCGUGCCGUCUCUCCUGCCUCCUCCAGGGAUGCCUAAGGCGGCUCUCCGCCGCGUGUGGACAAAGCGGAGCCCCGUCGCUUCCGCCUGCGGCUCCAGAGCUGUGUGUGCGGGCUGUUUCGCGCUGGUCGACGAGUUUUCGGAGAUGCAGGACGUUGAGGGGUUGGUGGAAAUCGGUGUGACCACGGAUCGGAUGCAGACUCGACUCUGUGCCGCGGUCACCUUAACCAGUCCUUGCCCGUGGUGCACAUCGGCUCUGUUCUGCUGCGCCGAGUGCCGAGAGGCCUCUCAUCACGUGGCUUUUUGCCGUAACAGCUUUGGCGGGCAAGACUCGUGCGCCGCGAGAGAGACGAGCUCUACAGACCGAGACAGAACCUCGGCUCCCGAAUGCUCGGGCGACGGCCGUGGCGGCGGCUCCGCCCUGAGGAGAGUGGGCGAGGCGUCAGCCGCUGUGUUUGAGCACGUCGAGCAGGCAGCUCUCUGCACGCUCUCAGAGGCGAGCUCCUCACCAGCUGGUCAGACUGCCCCGGAACGGCCUCUCUCCCAGAAAAGAGAGCCGCAAGAAGACGCACAGCUUCUCGCCCGGAGUCGCGCACUGCGGCCGAACAGCGAUUCUAGCUUCCGUCCUGCAAAGUCCCCAGACCAGACGUGGUCUACGCAAGAACGGUAUCAGAUGCUUCUCCGCGAGGCAUCCAGGGAAAGGGCACGAGCUGUUGCCAGCAUCCUGGCAACAGAGUUAAGGCCUCCAGGUACGGCGUUAAAGCGAGGGCCUGACCCACUGGAGAUGCCGCAAGAGGAGAGACAAUGUUCCGGGGGGUCGAUGGGGUCGAUGGAGAAGCGCCUGCCAGAAGAAGAAGCACCACAGAGCGUUUCGAAAACUGAAGGCGUCUCUGUCGCCGGAACCAAUCGUGUCGGGGGGGAACAGGAAGAACACUCAGUCGGCGGUUCUCUUUUGUGCCACGACACUCGCACCUUGCGCUCCACUGUGAGCUGGACUGUAGCUCGAACUGCAGGAGGAUGUCUCGAGGACAGCACUCGCCACGUGGCGCGACAGAUCAUGCCCUUUUAUGUCCAAGCUCUCCCACAGCACAAACGCGCUCAGAGCACCCCAAAGCGGGCAAAUGGCUGCGAAGGCAAAGCAGGUGUGACUCCCGAGCCGCUACCAGAGAUCGCAGAAUACUCCCAUGCUCACGCGCACGCGCCGCGAGGGCCUGGGGAUCGCAUGACACCGAGGGAGUCCGCUCGCGGGCCUGCAGAUGGAGAGUCAGCGGACGACGGAACCAGAAGAGAGAAUCUGGCUUUUUUCUCUUCUAGCGCGUGUGCCUCGUCGCGGGUGCCUUCCGAACCUCAAAGACAGGCGGAUUGGACUGCUUCCCGCCUUCGCUCUUUGUCGCGGCACUUGCCUGGCGACGCAGACGCGCUGUGCGACUUCGUCGUAAACGCCGUCUGGAUUGCGGGAGAGUACUGCCUUGUCAGCCGUGUCAAAGCUCUCUCGAGCGUGCGAGGCGAAGGCGUCUCCAAAGAGAACGGAAGCAAAAGCGGAAGACACACUGCAGUGCAAAGUUUUGAAUCAGGGAUGGCCCUCUGGGAGGACGGCUGCCCAGCCGAUUUCGACAUGCUUCUGGGGGCGGCCCUGCGCGCAUACAGCACCGUGUGGAGCAACUCGUUUGGGCUCGCUCUCGUGCUGGACGAGAGCGGAGACGCCUGGCGCCUAGGACGAGGACUAUAUCUCGACUCCGAGACGGCCGCUUCUGCAACUGAGGUCACCCUCUCCUACGGCCCCGUUGCUGGAAGAGGCGGCAACAGCUGGACAGAAAGGCAGGCUGUGCUCCACAAGGAAGCUCUCUUCCACUGCCGCUGCAAGAUUUGCACAGCGUGGCCAUCACUUGUGAAAGAGUUGGGAGAGUGUGGCACUGCCUUCACGGGAGGCAGAGGCCGCAUAUGCCCCCUCCAUCCCGACUUCUUUGGAGGCCUUCCAUGCCCACGAUGCUUCGGCGACUCGAAACUCUUGCGGGAGGUGAAAAACACGGUUCUUGCCGAUGAGUGCACAGCCGCUCAGCGCCAGAACCACUUGAAAGAAGGCUCUGGCGCUGCGAAGGGGGAUGCCCUUCUGGACGCACUGCGUGCACUCCUGAUCGACUUGGCGUCCACACAGCAGAAAACGCACGACAAGAUCGGCAGGCGGCCGCCACCGAGUAUGGGUGCUCAUCCGGAAGGCAGCCUAGACUGUAGGGGCGUCGCGGCUUUGCGGGGAGUCCCUUUUCUGCUGCGAGCCCUGAUAUGUGACCUGAACAGCGGACGAAGUGCCGCAGCACCACGAAGUAGGGAAAACGGAACUGAAGCUCGAUCCGCGUCUCCUUCAACCGGCCACCGUGCUUGUUCAUAUGACCCGCAGCAGCACGUGCGGAGAAGCGCUACCUCCCGCUACACGACGCCCGCCACGUUGGCGGUUCUGGGUCACUCCUGCGUUGCGAUACCCGCGAGAGCAGGGGAGGAGGGGGAGGAUCCAAAAUGGCAGUGCGUUUGCUGUAAAACUUUGUGGGCGGACAGAAGAGAAGUCACUGAACUGUUUGAGCAACCACGCUCUGCGAUGGUCAGAGAUAUCUCGGCGGCACACGCGGCAGUGCAGAAGGCCCUUCUCGCCGCCAGACGGGCACCUGCGUCCCCCCGCACGGGAGGAGAAAAGGAGGUGUGCGCGCUUGACAACCGGUUGAGGGAUCGUUCUCCGGAGUUACCGGCUGUACGAAUGUUGCUUGCUGACCUGCUGCAGGCGGCAGCCUCCGCAACAGGCCAGCUGUCCCACGAGGUGUGUGAAGUUCUUGACCUUCGUGCCAUGUUUGAAAGUACGUGCCCGCAAUUCCAGUGCGAGUCCGGGAACCUGCCAGGGGACGCAGAUCAUAGAGUAGUCGCCUGCGAUUCUCUCCUCGGUGCGACCUGGGUGCUUUCCCUCCGGUAUGCCAUGGGCUGGCGACAGCCUGAGCUAUGCGUAGAGCUCUACAAAUGUGCCUCCCUAGCAGCCAAUGCAGGUGCCUUUGCGGAGGCUGCUCUGCUCAGUCGAGCGGCCUACCAGACUGCCAGAAGGUGCUACGGCUCGCAGCAUGCCCUUCCACUGCUGAUACACAAGCUGUGCGACGCUCUACCGGGCGGAAACGGCCAGCUCGCGUUAUGA